AAUCACCUCUCUUACAAACCCAUUGGAGCCCCUCCAUCUCUCUCUCUCUCUCUCUCUUUCCUCACGUAACCUCGCUAGGGAGCCAUGGAGGGCAGAUACGAAGAUGUGGAGACUCCAUCAAAAGCAAAAGCAAAAUCAAAAUCAAAAUCGAUCAGCUUCCGACGAGGUGGAAUGAGAGCCACCUCUUUUAUUUUUGUUAUGGCAGGGCUUGAGAACAUGGGUUUUGUGGCAAACAUGGUGAGCUUGGUGCUAUAUUUCAUGAUGGUGAUGUACUUUGACUUGGCUGGAUCAUCCACCACCCUCACAAACCUCAUGGGAACCACCUUUCUUGUCAGUCUUCUUGGUGGCUACAUCUCUGAUACUUAUCUGGCUCGACUCAACACAACUCUCAUAUUUGGAUUCAUAGAAGUUGUGGGAUAUAUCCUACUCACCACUCAAGCACACUACAAAGCCUUACAACCUGAUUUUUGCUUAACUGGAGAUUGUUUACAUGGUCGGAAGGCAGCCAUUUUUUACAGUUCACUCUAUCUUAUAGCUCUUGGUGCUGGUGGCAUAAGGGGCUCUCUCCCUGCACUGGGUGCGGACCAGUUUUCCCAUAAGGAACCAAAGGAGAAGAAGCAUUUGGCUGGCUUUUUCAACUGGCUUCUAAUGAGUAUAACCAUUGGAGCUUCAAUUGGAGUUACAGUGAUAGUAUGGUUAGACAUGAACAAGGGUUGGGAUUUGGGUUUCUUCGUCUCCAUGAUCGCCACAGUCGUGGGUCUCAUUGUUCUUACUUUUGGAGUGCCUUUCUACAGAGGCCGUGUUCCCGGGGACAGCCCAUUGCAGAAAGUCUUGCAGGUUAUAGUGGUGGCAUUUAAAAACAUGAACAAGACGCUACCUGAAAAUCCUGAAGAGCUGUACGAGAUCAGCAAUAGGGAGGCUGCUCUUGAUGAAGAAAGGCUUCGACACACCAAACAAUUUAGGUUCCUGAACAAAGCUGCUAUAGUCCAAGGAGAAGAAGACGUGGGGCCAUGGAAGGUUUGCACAGUUACCCAAGUAGAAGAGGUGAAGAUCCUCACAAGAAUGCUGCCCCUUAUAGGGAGCACCAUUAUCAUGAACACAUGCUUAGCCCAACUCCAAACAUUCUCCAUCCAUCAGGGCAUCCAAAUGGACCCUUACCUUGGAAAGUUCAAGGUCCCGGCGGCAUCAAUCCCCGUAAUCCCCCUCUUUUUUAUGUCCAUUUUGAUACCCAUCUACGAGCUCAUAUUCGUCCCCGUCAUGAGAAAAAUCACAGGCCAUCCCUCAGGCAUCACACACUUGCAAAGAGUUGGGGUUGGCCUCGUCCUCUCAGUGGUGUCCAUGGUAGUUGCAGGCCUAGUAGAAGUAAAGAGGAGGAAUGCAGCUAUCCAUGAUGGGAAGGACAUCAGCCUGUUCUGGCUCUCUUUCCAUUAUGCUAUAUUUGGGAUAGCUGAUAUGUUCACUCUUGUUGGUCUAAUGGAGUUUUUCUACAGUGAGGCCCCAGCCAGUAUGAGGUCCCUCUCGACCUCCUUCUCUUGGCUCUCUUUGUCCAUAGGCUACUUCCUUAGCACAAUUUUUGUGGACACCAUAAACUCAGUCACCCAAAGGAUUACUCCUAGUAAGUUGGGUUGGCUCCACGGAACUGACAUGAACCUCAACAACUUGGACCUCUUCUACUGGUUCCUGGCAAUUUUAAGUGCAUUGAAUUUUGUUGUUUAUCUAUUUUGUGCCAAGUGGUACAAGUAUAAGAAGGUAUCAGGAGGAGAAGGAGAAUCAGGAGAGCGUUUGAAGGAGAUAGAAAAGAUAAGUGAAUCAGGAGAGGGUUUGAAGCCGAUAGAAAAGACAGGUGAAUCGGCAGACGGAGAAUCAGGAGAGGGUUUGAAGCAGAUAUAAAAGACAGGUGACACAAAACUGCAAGACGGAGAAU